UGGAAAAUCGCCGCGACUCCCACCAUCUGUCGCGCUUCAUACUCUUCUCACGCCAUUUCUCUACCGACAGGCUCUACCUUUAGAAAACUCUAGCUCCUCUAACUUAUCGACCCGAUCGUUAUGUGUUAGUCACACGGAUAUACGGACAGCAUAUCCGCCGUUCAGUGACUAAUGUAGGAAAUAAAUUUGAAGAAAGGGAUUUGACGAAUGCGACAGUAUUGAAUACAAUGAAUACAAUGAACGCUAGAAAAUGUGAAAAUGAAGAAACGAAAAGGGCCUGUAACGAUAAUAUACCAAAUCACGUAGAAUCACAAUUGGAAACGGGAAGUGUAUAUUCGAAUGAAGCAGGGAAUCUUCAAAAUUUUUACGAUACAAAGAAUCAGAAUAUGAACCAAAACACUCCGAAUAAGGAAAAUAAAAGAAAAGCAUCGGAGAGUCCGUUGUUUGAGAACAUAAUGAAGAAAAACGAAGACAAGUUCCUACAAUGCGAUGAUGCAGCUCAGCAGAUCAUAGAUUCAAAGAGAAAGGAGAAUCUCAGCAUAAGUAGCGAAUACGACGUGUUCAAAUGGGAUUUAGCGGCCAUGGAGAGUCUUCAGAAGUUUGGAGACAUUGAGUUGGCGCAUGAUUUAGACGCUGUGAUAACUUUUAAUGACAUUAAUGUAUCAUCGCAUAUGUUAUUUUCCUCAAUGAUGGAUACCAAUUAUGUACAGGAAACUGAUGACAGCAUCAUGAAAACGAGCAUCAAUAAAGAUCCACUAACAGAUCCCCUUUUUAUCAGUAAUCAUGAAGAAAAGGAUAUUAAUAUGACAGAAUCCAAAGCAAAAUCUCCACCAAAAGAGAAAGUACAAAGAAGAAGAUCGGCUCGUCUUGCCAGCAAACAGAAUGAGACCAAUAAUGUUUCUAAUCUUUUUAUGAAGCAAGAAUGUCAUCUAGAAAAAGAGGAUUCCUUGGAAGAAUUGGAAGAUAUAAAACAAGAAGAAGAAGAGGAAUUAUCACCAAGUAUUAAAAAGAAACUGCAAGAGUUACAUAUAACAUUAAUACAUGAGGUACCUCGGCAGCAUCAAUUAGAGCUUACUGGAGCUCAUGCACCAUCAAGACAGAUUAGAAACUUAUUUCAGGAAUAUGGACCGCUCCGAAAAGGUCCAUAUUCGCCUGCGGAAGACAAAAUUAUUAAGAAAAACUGGGAAAUGUUUUGUGAGCUUCACAAGUGGGAUCCCAAGAAUGUCGAAUUGUUUUUUUACUGGAGAUAUAAUAGAAUGUAUUAUAUAAAAAAUGUAAGCGAAAGACAAAAAUUCGUUCAAUUUCUGGCAAAUGGAUUACCUUGGCGGACUCUGUACAGCGUCCAUAACAGAUUUAAAAUAUUAUACCAAAAUAAAAUCACUAACGUUAGAUAUACUUCAAAGGAGGAUAAAAAGAUUCUAACAUAUAUAAAAAAUAAACGUUUUCACAAACGUCCUGUUAAAUAUAUCGAAUUAGCGCAAUUACUAGGACGAACGGUACGGUCAGUCCGCAAACGUCAUCAAAAACUCAAAUCUAAGGCGAAACCGUUACAAAAUGUCACAUGGACAUUGCCAUUGAUCAAAAAGUUCAUAAAAACUUUGCUCAACGUUACGUUGAGUGAGGAUAUAAAAGAACUUAAAUGCGCUACUAUUCCCAAGCCAGUAUGGCAGAAAAUGGAACAGAAAUUAGAUAUACAAGAAAAUGUGCUGAAAACAUUUUGGCAAAACCAGUUGCAUCUGCAGUUGUUCAGUACAAGUCCUAUCUAUUUGAACGACAUUAAGAUACAGCUAAUUGAAUACAUGUAUGCAAAAGGGAUAUUGCACACUCGUGAGAUUAUAUGGCCCAAUGUUGCUCGAUAUUUUGAAGGGGCAACUGCCGAGUUUCUUUGUAAAGUUUUCUAUUAUCUUAUUCAAGAAUGUGACUUGAAUGACGUGGAUAAUUUUGCGGAGAUUGUGGAAUACUUAUAUCAUAAAAAAAUACCUGAAAUCCAAAAAAUGCCAACAGACAAAUUUUUACCUAGAAUUUUCUACGAAAGUAAAGACAUGAAUGUACUGGAUGUGGAAGGUAACAAUGAUGUGAUUAUAAUCCGCGAUGGAUCUCUGCAUACUGACAGUGAAACCAAUAAUUCUGAAAGUGAUUCUGAAAGUGAUUUGUAAUAAGUUAUUGAUAUAUUUUAUCAUAUAAUUAAUAAUAAUACAUAUUUUUAUUGAUAACAAAUUAUACCUUUUUUAUCAUUCCAAAUAGAUAAUUGUUACAUAGGAGAAGAAACAAAUGUACUCCAGUGUGAUUAUUGUGUAAAUAAUGUAUUUAAAAAAAGAUUGAUACACUGAGUUUCUCAAUUUUCUCCCGGAUGACACAAGGUUUAGUCUUCAUCGUCUCUUUCCGUAUCAUAAGUUCAAAUCUUUCUUUUUC